CCCGAGGCCUGACCCUGCUCCGGCCAGAUAUCGUGGAAAGUUUAGAUGCCUGCGAGAGACGGCGUGUCACGGUGUACUAGUAUGCCGUUAGUAACCAUGCGGUUCAGCGAAGCAUUUUUUUUUCGUCGACCAAGGGCAGAGUCUCACCAUGCAGUCAGCUGUACUAUACGCAGCGCUGCGGUGAGUGUGAAGUCAACUAAUCGGAGUUACAGUGAAGGAUUCCCUUUUAGACAUCUUCGGAGGAAAGUGGCUAAGAGAAUUUAGCAGGCAUAUCCGCUCAGGCGGUUGAUCACGCCAUCAGUAUGAAGCUGUUAAUCUGGCUGUGCCUCGUGGUAACCGCAGCCAUACCACCGCUCCUGGCUGCACCUACUACUGCCGGCCUGCAAUGCAACUACGAGAGCUGCAACCUUGGCAACGAUGGUCAUUUGAAUGUUCACCUCGUGCCGCACACGCACAACGACGUCGGCUGGCUGAAGACCGUCGAUCAGUAUUUCUACGGAGCUAACAACAGCAUCCAGCAUGCGGGCGUGCAGUACAUCCUCGACUCUGUUGUCUCCGAGCUGCUCAAGGAUCCACAGAAGCGAUUCAUCUACGUGGAGACGGCAUUCUUCGCGCGAUGGUGGCAGCAGGUGCACGACAGCCAGCGACACAGCAUCAAACAACUUGUUAAUCAAGGUCGUCUGGAGUUCAUCGGUGGAGGCUGGUCGAUGAACGACGAGGCCGACGCUCACUACAGCGCCAUUAUUGAUCAGAUGACGUACGGACUUCGCUACCUGAAGACGGUGUUCGGUGAAUGCGGGGUUCCACGCGUCGCAUGGCAGAUCGACCCGUUCGGUCACUCACGCGAACAGGCGUCCAUAUUUGCAAGGAUGGGCUACGAUGGACUCUUCUUCGGGCGCAUGGACUACGAUGACUUCAAGAAAAGAAAGGAAGACAAAACUCUGGAGCACGUGUGGAAGGGCAGUGCUAACCUUGGGGAAGCUGCGUAUCUCUUUACCGGUGCGCUCUACAACGGUUACAACCCUCCACCCGGCUUCUGCUUCGAUCAGUUCUGUGAUGACCCGCCGAUCAUGGAUGAUAACAGGAUGAAUGACUAUAAUGUAGAGGAGAGGGUGGAUGCGUUUAUUGACUAUGCGAAAAAACAGGUUUGUAAGCAGUUGGAUACUUUGGCCAGGCUGGGACCCUUAGAUAAUGAUGACGUCACCGUGCUGAAGGAUGCCCUGGGAGUGGCUCAGCAUCACGAUGCAGUCACGGGAACGGCUAAGCAGCAUGUUACCAACGACUACGUACAGAGACUGUCUGUAGCAAUGUCCGAAUGCCAGGACGCUGUGAAUGAUGCAAAUACAAUUGUUACCUCAACAUCUCGGAGUGUGAAUACGGAGGCAACCAGGCAGUUUACGGUGACUGUGUACAACCCUCUACCGCGGAGCAUACCGCAUCACGUGAGAAUCCCCGUGAAGAGCAACAGCUAUGCCGUGAUCGGACCGACCGGAGAGAAGGUCGAGUCGCAGACUGUGAGCGUUUCGACGGAGACUCAAGCGAUUCCAGAGAGACACAGUGGCGCCCUCUUCGAGCUCGUUUUCCCUGUUCAGCUGCCGCCGUUAGGAUUCCAGACGUUCUUCGUUCAGCAUCAGUCAGGUAUAUGGCGAUAUUUGUUCCCGGCAACGACAAUCAGUGAGGACGAGCAGACGGCAGCCGAUAUCAUCAUUAAGAAUGAGCACGUGAGCCUGACGUUUAGCGGACAGACGAACCUGCUAACGAGCAUGACAAACCUGGACAGCAGGCUGACACAGUCUGUGCAGCAGUCAUUCUACUGGUACGAGGGCAGUCGGUGGGACAACGCCACAAAGCAGGCGUCUGGCGCCUACAUCUUCCGACCAAACGGAACAACACCCAUUCACCUAGGAGACUCCGUCAAUGUGACCCUCAUCCGGGGCAGACUGGUCCAGGAGGUACGUCAGCAAUUCACUCCAUGGCUGAGCCAAGUAGUCCGACUCUACAAAGGUCAUAAAUGGGCCGAAUUUGAGUGGACCGUUGGGCCAAUUCCUGUAGGCGACAACAUAGGAAAGGAGAUCGUCACGCGAUUCGACACCAAGAUUCAGUCCAACGGGGUGUUCUACACGGACUCGAACGGAAGAGAGAUGUUGCAACGCACGCGGGACCAACGGCCGACGUGGACCCUGAACAAGACAGAACCCGUGGCGGGUAACUACUAUCCAAUCACCAGCAAGAUCUUUAUCAAGGAUGAGAGUAAUGUCGCGCAGUUCACUGUCCUUAACGACAGAGCUCAAGGUGGCGGCAGCAUUGCUGAUGGAUCCAUAGAAAUUCUGGUGCACCGGCGUCUCCUUGAGGAUGACCACUGGGGCGUGGGAGAACCCCUCAACGAGACCGGGUCGGACGGACUCGGUCUGGUGGCCCGCGGCAAGCACUACGUCAUCCUGGAGUCCGGCGAGCGGUCGGCGCAUGCGUACAGGGAGCUGGCUCUGCGCACGCAGAUGGCACCGUGGAUGUCGUUCACCGCCAGUGACAUGUCGCAGCAGACGUGGGCACAGAACUACAAAACCAACUGGACCGGUCUAACUGAAGCCCUGCCAGCCAACGUUCACAUCCUGACGCUGGAGCAGUGGCGAGGCAUGAGCGUACUGCUGAGGCUCGAACACAUCUACGAGAAGGGAGAGGAUGCGCAGCUGUCCCAGCCUGUCACCGUGUCUCUUCAGAGCAUGUUUAGUCCUUUUGAGGUUGUAUCGGCUGAGGAACACACUCUUGCUGGCAAUAAGGUUCUUAGUGCGUCGACGCGCUUACAAUGGAAAUUGGCUGAUGAAAGCAAUCGGACCCCUCGAGACUGGACAAUGCAAGCGUUGCCGGCGAAUGUCCUUGACGUGACCCUCAAGCCGAUGGAGAUUCGUACCUUCGUUCUCACCCUGAGCGAUGCGAACGAGAUCACUGAAACACAUGUGUACCCGUGGUAGACAACUACCCCCACGAAUCAAUCAAUGCUUCUAUUCGAUACUAUAGAAUAAUGCAUUAAACAUAGGCAGCCGUGACCAGGUGCUGCUAUAUAUUUAUAUAUUGCUUUACAUGUACCCGAUUGCCCAAUUAUUACCUGCAAGUGACUGAACAUUAAUUAAGAUGGCCAUGUUUGAUUUUGUAUUCUGCAAUUUAUUUCCUACGCAUACUUUAUACGCUCACAUGUUAUAUAGAGACUGUUAUAAGUAGAUGUCAUAUGAGAAGAAAUCGAUAUCAUUAUUGUAAAAUUAGCAAAGCUUUCAGAUGAGGCCAAUAUACUUUCAGCAGAAAUAUAUUUUCAAAAAAAUUGAUAAACUUUUAUCUGAAAUUGCAUAGUACAACGUUUAUUUGUUAGCAGUGUACUGAACAUUAGAAUUGUUUAAUAAAGGUUCGAUAAAAAGUGAUAUCGAGAUAAAACGCUAAACUACAUUACUGUGCUGUAACAUGAUUCAACAUCUCUGUGGUUUGUACUACUAGUCACAUUAUUGAAUAAAAAAGCUGUUAGUACACA